CCACGCCCAGUGUUUGUUUGGAGUGGAAGAGCUGCGAAUCAGAGAGACGCAGGCAAAGAAUCAACCGGAAGGAAGAAGUAAACAGAGCAGUUGCUAGGCUUGGGCGUUCCAUUCCUUUUCUUGUUGAGAAAGUGAAUCUGGACGUUGCCGUGAGUGCUUGCAAGGCGAACUUGCCGAUAUGCCCAACUGGAGGACAGAGUUUAUUAGGAAGAUGGAAGCCUACAAACCAUGGGACCAGUGGAAUUUGACAGAAGAAAUGGAACUCAGACAGCUACAACAGGGAUGGCAGAGGUUUAUUCAGAAGCAGCUCUUUGCCAGGUUCAAGUGUUCAAAUUGUUCUCAUUCCUGGAAGUCGGCACAGGUGACCAUCGUCUUCCACAUGCAGCUCCUCCAGACCAUACUGGGACAGGCCUUGGGGCAGGUGAAGAUGCGAGUGUUCGGGCAGAAAUGCCGUGUCUGCCACAGUAAGAAGUACGCAGCGCCGACCUUCAGUGACGAGAUGGUUCAGUGCGUCCUCCACAAUUUGGUGCAGAAGAUCCUUGAGAAAUGUUACGGAAAAGGCAACAGGUUUGAUCCCUUGUGUCGUCCUGUUGCUGAGGGGGUUGUGGAGGGCCCACACGAUAAGGACAACUGUGAGGCAUGUGAACAUGGCGUGUGCUUGGCGCAAGCGGCUCCCGCUUUCCGGGGGCAGCCCCUUCAGUGGGAGGGCAGCUUCGUGAGACCCACUUCCUCAGUUCAACCAACGGAGGCGGAGAGAAGCUGGUGGACUUGUUGCAAGAUCUUGGUUUUUCUUCUUCUUGUGACAGCUGGGUUUAUUGUCAUCCGAUUUGCAUUGAUCCAGGGGAAGUAAAGGGAAAACCUGGCAUUUUCAUUCAAAAGUGCCUUUUCUUCCACCACAAUGUAAGCUGGAGACAUUUCUGUGGGCACAAAUUUGCUCUUAUUACCCUUAUAGAUGUUAUAUUAUUGAUUUUUUUUAAAAAAAUCUUGGUUGGAUUUUAUUGUAUUCAUGUGGUGUGUGUGUGUGUGUGUGUGUGUGUGGGUGGGUGGGUGGUGUGUGUUUUAAUUUUUGCACAAUGCCUAGGGUAUUUGAGGGGCAUCUCAUAAAUAAAAUAAAUA